AUGGCUGAUCUCUGCCGCGGCCACCACCUAGUUCUUCUAUGGGUUUUAGCCACACUUGUAACCAUCUCUUCUGCUAUGCCACCACCAAACCCUAUCAAAUGCAAUAAAACAGAUUGCCAGCUUUCCAAUUCCUACGGUAUUUGGGGUGACAGACAAACAUGUCACGCUCCAAAAAUUGUCUAUCCCACAACAGAAGAAGAGCUUCGACAAGAAUUAGCCAAUGCCAACAAGAACAACCUUAAAGUCAAAGUUGUCACAAGAUUUUCACACACCAUUCCUAAACUAGCAUGCCCCAGUACUGGAAAUGCUGCUGUCUUUAUUAGUACUGAAAAAUACGACUCAAAUAUUAAUGUCGACGUGGAAAAACGUACUGCCACCGCUGAUGGCGGAGUUGGACUCCGGAAGUUUAUCGAUACGAUUGAAAAGGCGGGGUUGAGUUUAGUGGCCGCGCCAUAUUGGGAGGGAGUGACGGUUGCCGGAGUAAUAAGUACGGGGGCUCACGGUAGUUCGUGGUGGGGCAAAGGAGGAGCAGUUCAUGAUCAUGUUACUGGUCUGAGUCUUAUUGUACCAGCAAAUGAAGCUAAUGGCUAUGCCAAAAUAAUCAAAUUAAUACCACAAGAUCCACUGUUCAAUGCUGCUAAAGUUUCUCUUGGAUUGCUUGGCAUCAUUUCUAAG